AUGUCCUUGUCGGGCGGCCGCGACAGAGGUCAUGUUGACUCGGAAGGCGACCCGCCCCGGGCCGGAGUGGCUGGAGAGGAAGCGGGAGCGUGGCUGGACCGAAAUCUCGCGCAAUUACUACAGACCAGCGCGGAAGUGUUGCGCAAGUGGCAAGUAGUUGCGGGCACCGGCGUCGCCGAGACCAUUCUGGGUUUGUUUUUCCUGCUCAUAAUUUUUUGUGUACCGACUACUUCUGGUGCCAGCGACUCGUGUUGGGAACUCGAUCUCUUUUGUGGUGUGUUGCGACUUUUGGCCGCGGUCUGUUUGCUGCACGCGGGGGCUGCGAAAACGAAGACAACCCUACGACUCUACUUCUACCUCUUCCUGCUGGUGAACGCGUUUUUGCUGCUUCUCCACCAAGUGCCGCAGUGGUUCUUGAACCUUAGCUGCGAGUGCCGGUACCCUGCGGACGACCUGGACGGGUUUGACAAGUGUGAACUUCUCCGAGUUUUCGACGGAUCGCUGCAAAACCCGUACCCGAGCGAAGACCGGCAGCCUGGAGAAUUCCUGGCGCCUCCAGCGGGGGUCGAAUUCUUCGACGCGGGACGAGCAGCGGAUGGGCGCCGUACGCAGGGUUCCCGCUACCGCCAGCCGCCUUUGCGUCCACGCCGCUAUGGAAGUAUGAGGGACCUCCUCCGGGAUCUUGGUCUUGUUGCAAAAGAGCCCGCGUCGUCCACCAGCAGAAAACCGCCAGAAAGUGAACAAACAAGAACCUCCGUAAGAACCCAGCGGGUUAUUCAACAAGAAACAACGAGCACCCGUCGUGGCAACGCUCCUGCUGGGACACCAGAGGACCAGCACUCGAGGACGGUGGAAGCAGCAGGAGCGCCGGAGAUAAUCCUCGCAUCCGCUACCCAUUCCACCGAUAAUGAGAAAAAUUUCAAGACGGCACCACGGGCAGCAGGGACGAGUCCACUGCCAGAUUUCCCGCGGACGUUUUUGCUUUCAUUGCAGCCAGGUGGGGGUUUCCAAAUGGAUCACGUUGACGAGGAUCCUUUUUCGCCCAUUCCCGCAGACGAACAAGAGCAGAGUGGCGCGUCACCCUUACCACAUGCACAUUCCCAGUCGCGCAUAAUAGGCGCAAGCCCUCCACCGGCCGUUGACGACAGUCGGUUGGGACUCCUGGGUCGGCUGCUGAGCAGUCUUCUAGCGCCGGGCGCCUUAUUAUCGAGCCUCUCGUCGCCUGACGAAGUCGUGCACUUGGACGCUCCUCGACAGAUCAUGAGAAAGCGAACCAAUAGCCAGGAUACCUCCAGACGAGCAGGCAGUCGGGAAGCAGAGCAGCAAUCCCCAGCUGAUAACGGAAACGGAGGCGAUGUCGACAACAAUAUGAAUACUCCAGCACCAGGCACAGGGAGAGAUCGCAGUGGUGGAAAGUAUGUCGGGAUUACCCCAGAGCGCAACACGAAUUUUCGCGAGGACCAAAACGCGGCAGUACAGGCGCAACCAACGAUAGAGCAACCGUCUACGCAUGCGGAGGCAGAGCCAAACGAGGAUGAGACUGCCCGAUUGGAAGAUUCUGCUGUUCGAGAGGGAGUGCCGGUUCUCAGUCCAGGGCGGGGAGAACAAGUAGAUUCAUUCGACUCAACUUCCUCACUUCCAACUGACAGCAGCACCGUCGCCCCACCUCCACCCAUAACGUCGCCUGCGGGAGGGUCGGAUCCAAACGCUCCACUAAAUUCCGGAACAGUUAUUUCUGCCGCGCCGCCGGCGCCACUAGGCACAGGCUCGGCGCCCGCCGAAUCCCUCCCGUCCGAGGUUCCGCCUGCCGCGUCUGCGGACACAACCGGCGCAAAUGAGCAGCAGCAGCAACAAGAAGAUCAACACGACGCUGAACUGAACGCUGGCACUGCAGCAGGUGCUCUCAUCUCGCCCGCAGGAGUGCUGGGAGAUGAACAGCUGCAAAACGGACCGGAAGCCGGGAACAAGCAGACGGCCGGAGGUUCUCCACCUGUCGUGGCUCCUGCUGCUGGUGAGGUCGAACAGGUGCAGGACCAGCAAGAGCAAUCUCCUUUGCCAAUAAACCAAGCUGACGCGGCAUCGGGAACAGCACCAGAGCCAACUGGUGGAUCCCCGGACGGUGCUCCAGAUGUUGCGCCAGCUGCAGAGGCCCCCGGUGCUGCUCCUGCAUUCGAGGAGCAGGAGCAGCAGCCUGUCGAGGUGGUGGGCGUGCGUGUGCCGCACACAGACAUUCAGUUUCCCGUGCCGCCGGCAGUGGUCAAUCCGGCAGCGUCCGCGUUUCUGGAGACCGCCGAUACGAGCGCGGGCCUCAGAGAAGCUCUCGCGAGGCUGGGACUUCUGGAUGCAGGCAUGGUGCAGAAAAUCCUAGACGUUGUCUCUUCGUCAUCGUGGUCUCCCGGACCCGGUGCAGCAGCAGGGACCUUCACGGCGACCAUGCCGUCGUCUGGAGACCCAAAUGUGCGCGUCAUCGAUCUAUCUCCAUCACCAGCUGCGGAAUUUCUACCAGCGCCACCAGAGCGGAGAAGUGCUGUCCACCUUGUCCGCAAGAGCAGAGUGACAAAUGAUAAUGGAAACGGUCGUGACCCGAAAAUAACAAUAUCUCACACAAGCACGAAGACAUUCUCAAACCAGGGGGGGGCCUCUCCGUCGUGGUCCUCGUCGGCGCAGCCAGGUGCAACAACGACAAACGCAGUCGAGGAGCAGAUACUCGCGCAAGGGGAAGACCUAGAGACAGCUGAGCGUCGUGCUUCAGAACGACCUCGCGCUGGCCACGAUGAAAGGAGCAUCGAAGAAGUGGGGGUGGCAGGUAGCAGGAAAAUAAACCCAUCGACGAAGAAGCGAGUAGACACUACUGAUCACGAGGCUUUACCGAUGGAUCAGCAGACCGUCAGACAGCCUAUCAAACAGGCGGCGGAAAUCAGCCCCACGAUCAACAUUCGCGUCGUCACCCCGGCCCCAGCUGCUACGCCAGCACCAGCUAGCAUCAGCCCGGCCACGGUUUUGGUGCCGGCUCAGCAGCAAGUCCAGCAACCGAGCUCUGCUGCGGCAGCUGUACUCAUGCCAGGGUCCUCGUCCGCGCCGUUCGCACCUGGAAUGGGCAGUGCGUAUUUGCAGCCAGUUCAGCUGUUUGAUCCUGGUGCCGCGGCGAUGCUCGGACAUUCCACACCUGUAAGAACAGUCGCAAUUAGUUCGACCACGGUACCCCCAGUGAUUUUCUCGCCUGUGGCGACGACGGGAGAAGACGCAGCCUCAAACACUGUCGGAACUACGGGUAAUAGAGCGGGUCUUACGGUUGCGCCAGCGAAGAUUGUGGCCGGCAUAGCCGUACCGUCUAUUACCGCCUCGCCCCCGGACAUGCGGACAGGAGACAAUCAAAACGCGCCAGGUCUGAACGCUUUGAAAAAUGAAAUCGGUGACCUGGUGCGAGCGGUGGAGCACCAAACUGCAAAGGUGGAGGCUUCGCUGCAGAAAACUCAACAAUUAAGCACGGAACAAAAGGCGUCAUUGGUCAAAAUGGAGGGAGAAGCCGUGAAGCCAAUAAUUGUUCCUGUUCCGCAACAGCCCCAAGUCCAACCAGCGGAAAAAACCGAGACCGCAAUUUUCAACCAGGAGCAGAAGGUAAGCGGAGUCUUGUCUUUCUCUAGGAGUGAAGCUGAAGGUCUACAAACAUGACAAAUACAUAAAAAAUAAAUGAUUUAAUUUCUUGCAUUUUUCUCUGAUGCUGAGUGAUGGUUCUUUAUUCGUUCGUAGAGUAAGCGUUUUUCCUUGAUCCUCGUUUUUGGAAAAUUAUGAGAACCCUACACCAGAUGCAACCAACAUCGUCACCUGCGGCGCAGCUGCCGUCACCUGAUCAAACACAAGCGGACGCAUCACCCCUGCCCCCUGUUGUGGAUCCGAAUGAAGAUCCCCUGUUGCAGCUGGCGAGAAAAGCAGAGCAGGAGAGACAGGCGCAAGCAGCACAAGUUGUAGGAGGAGGUGGGGUCGCCCAGAUGACAAGCACUGCUGCAUCCCGUCAGGAAAUCAACGAAGGUGUGCCUCGCGAUCAUGAUCGGGUUCGUGGUUUCAAAGAAGAAGUAGAGGGCGCGUCUCAGCACGCAACCGACCGCGUUUUUCGGAUUACGAGCACGUGCGGAAUCCAACUAGUGAAGACGGCGAAUCCUAUUAAAAAUCUGAAUCAGGUGCAGCAACUGACGUUUCAGGAGCGCGUCGGUGGGCACUUGUGGCUCGCGCCGGAGCGGCCAGAGCCGUCCGACAUCAAUACCGGGAUGACAGAACUUCAAGAGCGUCAGUUCUACCACUUCCGCGACGCCGCUUCCAGCAAGCCACGAGCCCCGGGUGAAGCCAGAGAAUUCUGGGUCACGCUCGUUUCUUCUAGCACCACGCCUGACUCGGACUCGUCUUCCGCGAACACCGAAGCUAGUGCGAAAGUAGAUGGCGCCACCAGCACAAUGCCAGUAAAAGGACUCCAGAUGGGUGAAGUAGAAGUGCAUGACUCGUGGUUUCCACAUUACGGCUGGCAGCGGGUGAGAUGCACUUUGGACCGCGACCCGGAUCGCACGAUUGGCUGGCUCUUCACGGAACUGCAGAAGAAGGACCGCCAGGAGCCCCCCUUUUACGCGCUCAGUGUAGCCCCCGUUUCGGCUGGGAGCGGUGAAGUAGAAGCAGCUCAGGAUGAUUCCACUCAAGCACGAGCUGAGGGCGCGAGAACUCCCACCAGAACCGCACCCGUGUCCGUCUCGGGCGGCGGAGGUGGUGGUCCGAGCGAGGCCUCUCUAUCUUCUACCACGGGCAGCCGCGCGCCCGCGGCCGCUCCCUACAAUCCGUAUGGAGCGGUAUCGUUCGACAAAGCGGCGCCCACUUCUUUUCUGCAGGUCGGCCAAGAUGUAGAUGUAGAAGUUGACGGGCAAGAUGAUGAACAGCAAAGUAGAAGUACAAGACUUGAUGAUGACAACGAAAAUAAACCGCAACACGAAAAGACCGUGACGGAGCACGAUUUGGAAAAAGAGCUCGACGAGAACAAAAGCCUGGAAACCACCCACCCCAUCUCUGCUGAACACCGUCACGCGAGUUUUUUUCGAGAUCUACGCAGGAUUUUGAAGAGCGAAACUUUGCUUUCGGGGAACGCGGCAGAACAGGUGGCGCAGCGUCUCGAGCAGGACGAACACUUUCAGCCGAGCGCCUAUUUGCUCGAUCCCACAGUGGUUCGGAAAGUCGUUUCGUCAAUCUUGGCGCACGACGCUGCUCUACACUACGAGGAGGACGCCUUGUUUCAACCCGCGCACCACCAGAAGUUUCAAAACGAGCUGAGGGCACCGAUGGCGACGGCAUCUUCAUCGUCGCUUGGCGAGGUUGCUGGUUCGCAGCUGCUGUUGUCCUCGGCGGCCGGAGCCGGUGCACUUCAAGAACAGGCAGCAUUGGAAAAGAGUGAAGGUUUCCCGGGCCUGUUCGCUCCAGACGGAGCGUUGCAGAUGAUGAAAGUCACAACGACAUCAAAGACUGAGCGUGUUGCGCCGCCGCCAUCUGCAGCACUCGGCGACGGCGCGACUCGGAUCUCGCUUCCGGUGAUGCCCGUGAACCAGAUGAAUACUCCUGACAUCGCGGAAGCAUUGAAGACACGCCCGGCGGAUUGCCGCUGCAAGUCACCCUGCUUCGCCUUCCCGCGGUCGUCUGUUCGUGGUUCCUUGCGCGGUACAAGCCGUCGUGGGACUUUUGUGGGGCGUCUGCAACACGUUAUCUCGGAUCUCGUGCAGAAAUACGUUUUUGCUCCCGCGUCGAACAGCAGUGCAACUACUACACGAGAGAAAGCCACGUGGGAAGAUGUGAUGCAGGUGUCCGGGCUUGCGAAGGCACGGUCGGGGGCGCACGUGAACAAGUUUUUCGAUGAUCUUCAGACGGACGCCGCGGAGGUGGAGGUGGAGGGGGAGGCGCGCGAUCGGAAACGGGGUUCCGCAAACUCCGACUUUCUGAACGCGCUGCUCUCGGGAACAGCUGUCAACUCGUUAGCCACGUCGUCGAUCACGUCGACGCUCCUUGCUCCGGUGGAGCAGGACGAGCUCCGCCCGUCCCUUUCUCGUCCUGACUUAGCGCCUGGCUCGAGUGCAGCAAACCCGUCGAUGGAGACGUCGUCUACCUCAACGUUGAUAGUUCCAGCUCCUCCUCCAGGAGGCUCACCGCUACUUCCAGCAGAUCAAAGCGCCAACAGCGUCGAAGGAGGAACUGGAACUGGUCGUGGACCACCUGGUGGUCCUGCUGUUGUCUUCUCAGCGGCCGGGCUUCUCGAAGUCGGGGAUGUUGAAAAGGAGCCUGUUCCUCGUCCCGAUGCACCUUCGUCUUCUACCAUGGAAGAAAGUUAUGGUGGUGGGUCCUUAGGAGACGAGGUCUCCUCGUCGUCGUCCUCAAGGACAACAAUUAUAUCCGAAAAUACGAACGCAGCCGCCGGUAGUACGUGGUCCGCGAGUCGCGGGACGGCGACCGAGCGCGACGGGGGGGCGCAGGAAAUUCAAAAAGGUACUAACCGUCAAGCUGCUAUAUCGGAAGUUCCUGUUAAAGACCACCUCCGGUGGUGUGAGGUUGAAGAGGAUACCGUUGCUGGCUGUGCGGCGCUGGGCUUCACUGUUGUUCAGGGUGCAGAGGACAACAAGUUCUAUUCCAGAGAUGUCUGCUCUCGAGCAGACGAAUUCAAUUGCCGCUGCAGUGGGCUUUUUCUCACAAACCAACCCGCUUCCGCGCAGUGUGUGCCGCCGUUCGGUCUGGCUAGCGCGCAGCGGCCCACCACCGCCGAAUUCGUGCACAGUGUCGAAAAGGACCGCAAACAAGAUCUGGCAGAGGCCGGACGAAAAUCGAAAGGGGUCAGUUCUGCGUCGGCAACCCCGACGUACAAAAUCCUCACCUCCUCUGGACAUAAAGGUCCUCGCUUCGAGACGGACGACAAGUUCACGGAGUCUCCUGCUUUACCGUCCGAGCACUAUGAUCAGGGUGCAACUACCUCGCGGCAGCUGAGAGCCUUUUCAGCACCGCCUGGGCAGUUGAUCCAGGCAGUGGGACGAACUUCUGGUGGAGGACACCUUGUAGCAGGAACACCAGGACCUGCUGUUCCUGUUCCAGCAGCUGUCGUAGUCAUUCACCGAAAAGAACAAAAGGAUCCUUCGAUGUUGCGAAGUACCUCCCAACCCCCCGCUCCAGAAGUAGAAGUUGCCGCCCACGAACAGCACCAAAAGCAGUAUCCUGAGCAGCCGCAGGCACAGCAGAGCGGUUCCGUCACGAGAACAACGGGCGGCUCCCCAGAGGGUGUGCUGAAGAUCACCAUUCUGAAGAACGCGCCGCAUUCAAUCACCGACUCCCUCGUCGCCGGACAGAGCGGCGAGGACCUGGUGCGUGCGCUCGAGCGGCAUUUCGGAGUUGGAAGUCAGGCGCUCAAAAGCUCAGCCGCGUUCUCUUUUCUCGAAGAGAUGGAAACUUUGCCUGCCGGGUCGGCAGAGAAGGACGGAAUCAGCGAAGGUAGAAGUAGCUCCUCGAGCGUCAACAUCAUCACGCCAGCACAAGAGGUGGAGCCACUAUGGUGUCACGUAAAUCCCGAGAAUUCGUGUCCGGACGCCGGUUUGGGGCCCUUGACAACAUCUGCGUUUGCUUGCGUCGUUGAUAACUACGUACCCUGGGAACCAGGAGCCGCUACUCGGCGUUGCGAAAAGUUUUUGCUCGUAGGCCGCGGGAUUCUUGUCGGAUUCUGCCUCACAAGCCUCUUGGCCUUUCUCUCGAGCUGCCUUCUUCUGCUGAGAACCGCACAACCGACAGAUGAACUCGGGCGCCACGGGAGCAACACUGGAAACACGAGCGAUGUUGACCGCCUCCCCGACGAGGACAGUCACGACGAUCGAGGACGUUUUCAUCUCGGCUCCAGCAACACAGGGCGGUCCAAGUACGAAAAAAAUACGGGAGACAACGUGCCUCUUUUCGAUUCCGUCGGCCUGGUCGCAGAAGGGCUAGCAGCAUCGGAGCAAGACCGAGACCACCAGCACCAGCAAGCCACUUCCAAGGGAACAAAGCAAACAACGGAAGGCAAGCCGGAAAGAAAAAGAGGCACAAAUGAUAAAGCCCCGCCGGCGACAAAAAAUAGAUCUUCGGCUCGGGGGGCCGGCCGUCAGGAGCAAGAAACUUACAGCAGUUCAUCGUCAUCUAGUUCGUCAUCAUCGUCGUCCGGCGAGGAGAGGUACGGCGAGCAGAUGAGGGAAAACAGGGGGAGGGGGACGCAGGUACUUACUGAGAAUAAUUCCGUUCUCGCUGCUCUUACUGUUGUUUGAAUAAUGUGGCCGCGCGACCGCGUUGAGCUCGAGACGCAUGCUAAUGCUUUCCCUUCACACUGAUUUGUGUGCUGCAGAAAGCGAGUGGCGCAGAGAUGCUGUAUUACUUCAUGCGUGUACAUCGACGCUCGUGUUCGUGUAGGAGCAGGUUCUGCAAGAACUUCUAUUUCUACAGUAGACGUUCACGUCGAGAAGCACGAUCUUUUGUUCGGCCGCAGCUCACGACAUCACUCACUGUCACUCUGUAUACCGGAUGACUCAAGACAAUUGGAGCAAUUGGCUGUAAAAAAGCGACUGCGUAUGUUUUUGAUAGCGCCUUCUGUUGAGCUGCUAUUAGUCUCAUUCGUCUCUCAAUUCUUUGGAAACACAAAUCGAAAUGGAAAAAUUUAAUCACAUACACAUCAAUUAUACUUUACAGGAUCGCAAUUCUGAUCGCGCCCGUCGUCGACCACUCUACUUCACGGAUCCACCUUCGGAUGGGGCAAUCGAUGAGCAGGACACUUCUUCCCAACUCCGUCGAGACGUUGCUGCGCCACCGGCCGCGACACUCCGCGACUCCCAGGGGAGUCUGCUCGACGAAAAUGAAGUUCCCUUUGGGCGGAAAUUUCCGGUCAGCGCCUCUGCUGAAUUUGUAGCAAGAAGACCAACUUCUACAACUACGGGGGUUGCGGCGAGAGCAAUCGCGCCAAAUCUCGUGGCGGAUGAAAUUGAAGACGACCGCACUAGAAGUGCCGUGGAACCUAUCCCGUUCUUGAAUACUGUACUACAAAAAGACAGCAAGCACCGUGGUGCCCCAGCUGUUGUAGCGCCAGCACCUACAAGGGGCGGCAGUUCGGGCUCAGGAUCAUCUUCGUCUGUUGCGUCGUCACCUGAACAGGACCAGCAACUCGACGAAAUAGACACGCAAGGCGCAAAGUCGAGAAAAAUCGAGUUUCAGUCUUCUUUCUCCACCGCGUACAACUUGAGUCCAACCUCCAACGCGAAACGAGUCGUGCACUUCGGCGAAAAUGAGGACAAGAAUGAUCGUGGGGAAUUCCGAAGAGAAAAAGACAUCGAUAAGAAAAGCGAAAGUCAACGAAGUGCAGACAGUGACGCCCAGCUCCAAGAGAGCAAGAAUUUCGAUUAUCUACUUCAACAAGAACGCGAGGACGAUAAUGUCAAUGCUUCAUCUGUCGUAGGUCACUAUGCAAGUGCUGCGACAACACCACACUCAAGGGGAAAACGGACCUCUCCUCUGCUGUCCACGCCGAGCAUGCAGAACACUUCCCCCGGGGACGACGAGGCGGGAACCGCUGCAGUCUAUCGGACUCGCCCCACCAAAAUCAGCCAAAACGUCUCUACUGUGGUGCCUCCUACCAAACAUAGUGCUUCAACGACGAAGAGCUCAAUUGAGAAAAAAAAUACAGAUCCUGCUAGGCAGAAAGAAACAUCAACGCUGACAAGGCUUGCACACAGGGUCUCGCCAUCGAGGAGAGCAAGUAGGAUAAACUUUACAACCGCGAGCGCGACGUCACCGGGUGGUGCCUCAGUAGCAAACUCACACGCUCGAACUCCCGGGAAAAACAGUCUGAGGCAACCAGAGUGGCGCACUAAAUGAAUCAAUUUUCAGGUCAAGGUACUGCACGUCAAGGUACUAUUACAUGUAAGAUUCAUCUCAUCUUGACAAGCACAAAUUUUUAAGAAGCUUUGUUCGUUUCGGUAGUACUGAUUUUUGUUUUACGUUUCGCACGACUGACAUCACCCACUCAGUCUCACGUGCCAGGUUCUCCAGCGGUGGUCCCUAUUUCUAUCUAUCGAGUCAGUGAAUGAGCAAUAUGUUGAGAACGAAUGCGCAAGAACGCGCGCCUUGUGUCUUGCCCGAAAAUGGCACCGAAACAGGUGAAUGCUUUGCUUUUCCAAGAAGAAGAACAACAAGAGAAACACGACUGCACGAGGAAGAAACAAGACGAAGGUUUCGCACACAGAUGCGAAACUGAAACAGAAUAUCGAAUCAAAAGCUUGAAUGUUGAGUGGUGAGUUUUCAAAAGCGACCCGCACCACCUGUUAUUUCCAGAUCUUGUUCGUGACAUUUGACGUUGCAGAG